AUGAAGAAGAAUUUCCAAAAAGAAAAUAAAAUCGUUAAAAUCUAAUCGCUUAAAUCGGAAAGAUCAAGCAGUUCAUAUGUAUUUUAAGAGCCUCAAUGUAACAGUAAAAAUGGUUUAUUAUUAAUAGAACACCUAUUAGCAUUAUUAACAAAGAAACCAAUAAGACCAGGUAAAUACUCUAGUUAGGAGACCAUAAUUAGGGAAGUUCAAUUUUCUCCUUAAACAGAAAUAAAACUAAAGAAAAUUGAUUAACUAAAAAAUUAGUUACAAAGAUUAAAAUAGAAUUUUGAUAAUUAAUCAAUAUAAAAAUUGAAUCCAAAUAACAUCAUUGACAAUACAAUCAAAAAAUUACUUAAAAUGAAAGAUUUACUCGAAAUCUAAAAAUAUGAAGAACCAUGGUAAGAAAUAAUUCAAAUGGAGUAAGAUAUCUAAAUAAAUGAAGACAAUAUCAUAAAAUCCAUGCCAAUUACUCAUUUUAAUGACAUUUUAAUACAAAAUUAAUUAUGCAUACUAGAACUGGCUUCUCAAUCAGAAGCAAUAUAAUAAUAGAAUUUUUGGAUUACAUAAAUUUAGAAUUUGCAUGACACCUUUAUUUAAAAGAACUAUAUGAUUUUGUAAUUACUUAAACCAAAAACUUAAGAUCAUCUUCAAUAAUCUAUUGAAAUUAGCUUAUAAGAUUUUGUCCAUUCUUUUGGAUAUAAACACUGA